CAAAAAUCACCAGAAAGAGAAAAAACAAACGAAGAGAUUCUCGAAGAAUUUGAAGAGGCUGCAUAUCUAGCGAGUUUAGAACGAAAAAAAGAAAAAUUACGCGAAAAAUUUGAAAAGGAAGAACAGAAACGAAAAAAAGAAUUAGAAGAUCUUCAACAACAACAACACGAGCAGAGACAAAGUCCUUCGAUAUUUGAUCCGACGAAUUCUCUUGCUGUAAAAACAUAA